UCUGUAGCGGUUACACUAUUGCUUAAUUUGUGAAAGACUCGCUUUGUAAAAUAAAACCUUUCACGUUUUCAUCCGCCCUGGUUCAAAAUCGGAUGCGGAACGGCACGUUUGAAUGUACAAACAUAAAAUCAGUCUUUGUAUCCCUCCGCGUCGUUAAAGUCCGGACCCGUUUCCGGAGUGCUUCCACCCCGGGCAGAUUCCGCCGCCAUUGCAGCUUCCGAGAGUUACAGAGCAGCGGCCACCUCUCGGCGACCUGGAGCAGAACCGCCUGUUUAACUCUCGUCGGGCGAGCAGAGCAGCUAGCACUUCCUCCGGCACGUUCACAGACGAUAAAGCUCCAGUCGGUUCGGUGGGACCCACGGCAAGCCGUCCUCGGGGAGCCCGGCUUGGAUCUGAGAGAGGAAGCUGUAGUCGGUUAGCGAGCUAGCGGUGAAAGCAGGAAUACGGAGGAGAGGGAAGAGGAACGAUCAUGGCUCAGAUCCUGCCUAUCAGAUUUCAGGAGCACCUGCAGCUCCAGAACUUGGGCAUCAACCCGGCCAAUAUUGGGUUCAGCACCCUCACGAUGGAGUCCGAUAAAUUCAUCUGUGUCCGGGAAAAGGUUGGAGAGCAGGCACAGGUGGUGAUUAUUGACAUGGCUGACCCAAAUAGCCCUAUUCGUCGGCCCAUCUCUGCAGACAGCGCCAUCAUGAAUCCGGCCAGCAAAGUCAUUGCCCUCAAAGCUGCCAAAACCCUUCAGAUUUUUAACAUCGAGAUGAAGAGUAAGAUGAAGGCCCACACUAUGACCGAUGAUGUCACCUUCUGGAAGUGGAUCUCCCUCAACACGGUUGCUCUAGUGACUGAUAAUGCCGUCUACCAUUGGAGCAUGGAGGGAGACUCGCAGCCAGUCAAAGUCUUUGAUCGCCACUCCAGUCUGGCAGGCUGCCAAAUUAUCAACUACCGCACUGAUGCCAAGCAGAAAUGGCUCCUCCUUAUUGGCAUCUCAGCUCAGCAAAACAGAGUUGUAGGGGCGAUGCAGCUGUACUCUGUCGACAGGAAGGUGUCGCAGCCCAUUGAGGGCCACGCUGCCAGCUUUGCUCAGUUCAAAAUGGAAGGAAACUCUGAAGAGUCAACUCUGUUUUGCUUUGCUGUCCGUGGCCAGGCUGGUGGAAAGCUUCACAUCAUUGAAGUAGGAACUCCGCCAACUGGUAAUCAACCCUUUCCAAAGAAAGCUGUGGAUGUGUUCUUCCCUCCUGAAGCUCAGAACGACUUCCCAGUGGCCAUGCAGAUCAGCCCCAAACAGGACGUUGUGUUCCUCAUCACCAAAUAUGGUUACAUCCAUCUAUAUGAUCUGGAGACAGGAACCUGCAUCUACAUGAACAGAAUCAGCGGGGAGACCAUUUUUGUUACAGCACCUCAUGAGGCCACUUCUGGAAUCAUUGGUGUCAACAGGAAAGGACAGGUGUUGUCAGUAUGUGUGGAGGAGGAGAACAUCAUUCCAUACAUCACAAACGUGCUGCAGAACCCUGAUCUGGCCCUGCGUAUGGCUGUGAGGAACAACCUGGCUGGAGCCGAGGAGCUCUUUGCCCGCAAGUUCAACAACCUCUUUGCUGGUGGCAACUACUCUGAGGCUGCCAAAGUGGCCGCCAAUGCUCCAAAGGGGAUACUGCGUACUCCAGACACCAUCCGGCGGUUCCAGAGUGUGCCGGCCCAGCCAGGCCAGACCUCUCCUCUGCUGCAGUACUUCGGAAUCCUGCUUGACCAGGGACAGCUCAACAAGUUUGAGUCUCUGGAGCUGUGCAGGCCUGUCCUGCAGCAGGGUCGUAAACAGCUGUUGGAGAAAUGGCUCAAAGAAGACAAGCUGGAGUGUUCGGAGGAGUUGGGAGACCUGGUGAAAUCUGUAGAUCCCACUCUAGCACUCAGUGUCUACCUGAGAGCCAAUGUCCCUAACAAAGUCAUCCAGUGUUUUGCUGAAACCGGACAGUUUCCUAAGAUAGUUCUGUAUGCCAAAAAGGUGGGCUACACUCCAGACUGGAUCUUCCUGCUGAGGAACGUGAUGCGGAUUAGUCCGGAUCAAGGCCUGCAGUUUGCGCAGAUGCUGGUGCAGGACGAGGAGCCACUGGCUGACAUCACACAGAUCGUAGAUGUGUUUAUGGAGUAUAACCUGAUCCAGCAGUGCACAUCCUUCCUUUUGGAUGCCCUCAAAAACAACCGCCCCUCAGAGGGUCCGCUGCAGACACGUCUGCUUGAGAUGAACCUCAUGCAUGCACCUCAGGUUGCUGAUGCUAUCUUGGGAAAUCAGAUGUUCACUAAUUAUGACCGUGCCCACAUCGCCCAGCUGUGUGAGAAGGCAGGACUGCUGCAGAGAGCUCUGGAGCACUACACAGACUUGUAUGACAUCAAACGGGCCGUCGUACACACACACCUGCUCAACCCAGAGUGGUUAGUAAACUUCUUUGGCUCUCUGUCGGUGGAAGAUUCUCUGGAGUGUCUGAGAGCCAUGCUCUCUGCCAACAUCAGACAGAAUCUCCAGAUUUGCGUGCAGGUGGCCUCCAAGUACCACGAGCAGCUCUCCACCCAGGCCCUCACUGAGCUCUUCGAGUCCUUCAAGAGCUUUGAGGGUCUGUUCUACUUCCUUGGCUCCAUUGUGAACUUCAGUCAGGACCCAGAAGUCCAUUUCAAGUACAUCCAGGCUGCCUGCAAGACGGGCCAGAUCAAGGAAGUGGAGCGCAUUUGCAGAGAGAGCAACUGCUACGACCCCGAGCGUGUCAAGAAUUUUCUCAAGGAGGCAAAACUCACCGACCAGCUGCCUCUCAUCAUUGUGUGUGAUCGCUUUGACUUCGUCCAUGACCUGGUGCUGUACCUGUAUCGCAACAACCUCCAGAAGUACAUUGAGAUCUAUGUGCAGAAGGUGAACCCCAGUCGUCUGCCAGUGGUGAUUGGUGGUCUGUUGGAUGUGGACUGCUCUGAGGAUGUGAUUAAAAACCUGAUCCUGGUGGUGAGGGGGCAGUUCUCCACAGAUGAGCUGGUGGCUGAGGUAGAGAAGAGGAACAGACUGAAGCUGCUGUUGCCCUGGCUGGAGGCUCGCAUCCAUGAAGGCUGCGAGGAGCCCGCAACCCACAAUGCCCUGGCCAAGAUCUACAUUGACAGCAACAAUAACCCAGAGCGCUUCCUGCGGGAGAACCCCUACUACGAUAGCCGUGUGGUUGGCAAAUACUGCGAGAAGAGGGACCCCCACCUGGCCUGCGUGGCCUAUGAAAGAGGCCAGUGUGACCAAGAGCUCAUCCAUGUGUGUAAUGAGAACUCCUUGUUUAAGAGUCUGUCUCGUUAUCUGGUACGCCGUCGGGAUCCUGAGCUUUGGGCCAGUGUGCUCCUUGAAACCAACCCCUUCAGAAGGCCUCUCAUCGACCAGGUGGUGCAGACGGCGCUGUCGGAGACUCAAGAUCCAGAGGAGGUGUCAGUCACAGUCAAGGCCUUCAUGACAGCUGACCUGCCGAAUGAACUCAUCGAACUUCUGGAGAAGAUUGUCUUGGAUAAUUCUGUAUUCAGUGAACACAGGAACCUACAGAACUUGCUGAUUUUGACAGCCAUCAAAGCAGACCGCACGCGUGUCAUGGAGUACAUUAACCGUUUGGACAACUACGACGCUCCUGACAUUGCUAACAUUGCCAUCAGCAGCGAACUCUUCGAGGAGGCCUUCGCUAUUUUCAGGAAAUUUGAUGUCAACACCUCAGCAGUGCAGGUUCUGAUUGAGCACAUUGGUAACCUGGACCGGGCAUACGAGUUUGCAGAGCGCUGCAACGAACCAGCUGUAUGGAGCCAGCUGGCUAAGGCUCAGCUCCAGAAAGGCCUAGUGAAAGAGGCCAUCGACUCCUACAUCAAGGCUGCAGACCCCUCUGCUUACAUGGAGGUAGUGCAGGCAGCUGACCAAAGUGGUAAUUGGGAGGACUUGGUGAAAUUCCUGCAGAUGGCUCGUAAAAAGGCCAGAGAGUCAUAUGUGGAGACAGAGUUGAUCUUUGCUCUGGCUAAAACCAACAGGCUGGCUGAGCUGGAAGAGUUCAUUAAUGGCCCCAACAACGCCCACAUCCAGCAGGUGGGUGAUCGCUGCUAUGAUGAGAAGAUGUACGAGGCUGCCAAGUUACUCUAUAACAAUGUGUCCAACUUUGGCCGCCUGGCCUCCACUCUGGUUCACCUUGGAGAAUACCAGGCUGCUGUGGAUGGAGCUCGCAAGGCCAACAGCACACGCACAUGGAAGGAGGUGUGCUUUGCCUGUGUGGAUGGCAAAGAGUUCAGACUGGCUCAGAUGUGCGGCCUUCACAUUGUAGUCCAUGCUGAUGAACUGGAAGAGCUGAUUAACUACUACCAGGACCGUGGUUACUUUGAGGAGCUGAUCACUAUGCUGGAGGCGGCACUGGGACUGGAGCGUGCUCACAUGGGCAUGUUCACAGAACUGGCCAUACUCUACUCCAAAUUCAAGCCUCAGAAGAUGAGGGAGCACCUGGAGCUCUUCUGGUCCAGGGUCAACAUCCCAAAGGUGCUGCGGGCAGCAGAGCAGGCCCAUCUGUGGGCAGAGCUAGUCUUCCUGUACGACAAGUACGAGGAGUAUGACAAUGCCAUCAUCACCAUGAUGAACCACCCCACAGAUGCCUGGAAAGAGAGCCAGUUCAAGGACAUAAUCACCAAGGUGGCCAAUGUGGAACUGUAUUACAAAGCAAUCCAGUUUUACUUGGAGUUCAAGCCUUUGUUACUGAAUGACCUUCUCAUAGUGCUUUCGCCAAGACUGGACCACUCACGCGCUGUCAACUUCUUCACCAAGGUUAAGCAGCUCCCACUUGUCAAACCCUACCUGCGAUCUGUACAGAACCACAACAACAAGUCUGUCAACGAAGCACUUAACAACCUUUUCAUUACAGAGGAAGACUACCAGGCACUUCGGACGUCUAUAGACGCGUAUGAUAACUUUGACAACAUUGCACUGGCUCAGCGGCUGGAGAAGCAUGAGCUUAUUGAGUUCAGGAGAAUUGCUGCCUACCUCUUUAAAGGCAACAAUCGCUGGAAACAGAGUGUGGAGCUCUGCAAGAAGGACAAACUCUACAAGGAUGCCAUGCAGUAUGCUUCAGAGUCAAAGGACACAGAGCUGGCGGAGGAGCUGCUGCAGUGGUUCUUGCUGGAGGACAAGAAAGAGUGUUUUGCUGCUUGCCUAUUCACCUGCUAUGACCUGCUCCGACCCGAUGUGGUACUGGAGACCGCUUGGAGGCACAACAUCAUGGACUUCUCCAUGCCGUACUUCAUCCAGGUUAUGAGGGAGUACCUCAGCAAGGUUGACGAUAGUCUCCCAGAAUCUCAGGUUGAUGCAAUUAAAGAUAAGGUGGACAAGCUGGAGACCUCUGAGUCUUUAAGGAAACAGGAGGAGCAGGCAACAGAGACACAGCCCAUUGUUUAUGGCACGCCCCAGCUGAUGCUGACUGCAGGCCCAAGUGUGGCCGUACCCCCACAGCAGGCUUAUGGCUACGGUUACACAGCACCAGCCGGUUAUGGUCAGGCUCCUCAGACCCAGCCCAGCUUUGGCUACGGCAUGUAAGGACCAGCCCCACACCUCCCUUGAAAUGCUGCCGCAUGGUUCGGCCCAGCUCCUCCAUCUAUUUCCCCUGCCAAGUUCUUUACCAGCCCUCCUCGCCUGUCUUCUACUCCCUGCAGGAGAUCUGAGCAAAGUUUUUCUUCUACCUUUUUUUUAAAAAAAGUUUUUUCUUCUUGUUUUCCUGUGUUGUUUUUUUUAUUCCCCUUUACACUGUCAUGAAGGACUCAUUUUAUUUCUACAAUGUCAAAGAAAAUGAAAAGAUAUGAUCACCAGAAAUAUUUUUUUCCACAUUCCAUGCAUCAGUUAGAUUCUUUUUUUUCCCAUUAUAUUUUUUAGGGGAAUGGUUUAUGUCCAACAUGAGGACUUUACGGGAAGAGCAACACGUCUAUUGAAUAAAAAAAGGGUCUGUUGUGAAGCGUCCAAUUUGCACUCUGUAGUGAGAAUAUAAAAAUAAUGUAGAAUCUCAUUUUGGUGUGGGUGUGUAUGUGUGAGCAGGUUGUUCAGUCUGUAAAAUGCAUUUAACUGUCGUAUAUUCAAAGAACAGUAAACACUGUUCCAAAAUAUUUGAACACAGUGACUGCCACUUCCAUGAACAAACACUACUUAACAAAUACAAUAAUAACAUGUACACGGGAGUUUGUAGUGUUCACCAAAUAUGAAAGAUUCUUUUAAAUGCAUACAGACAGUAUGACUUAUAAGGUGAGAUUUAUCCUUUUCCCAGCCCGUGGAGGUUUCACUGGUAAAACUGCAUAGAAAACGAACAUUUUUUCCUGUUAUUUACAAUGUUACAGAUGACCUUUCCUUGUGCAGGAACCAGUGCUCUUCAUGUGGGACCAUUCCAUUUAGUAAGGGAUAAUUAAAAAGAAUACUAUUAUACAGACCUGUCUGUGUCGCGUGUGUUACUGUUAUCCCUCUCCUCAUGUUGCUGUUGCUGUGCGUGUGUGUGGAUGAGCUGGCUAUCAUGGUGUUUAGGUCACCUCAAGUGUACAGAGAUAAUAAACAAAAAAUCUAUGAAUCAUGCAGUCCUGCCAGUUUCACACCUCCACACUUGGAGAAAAGUUGGCAAUUAAUUUGGUAAAAUGUGUACGCCCUUAAAAUUAAUCUGUAAAAUUUGCUUCAUGCCCUAUAUAAAUCAUGCACAUACUAUAGAAAUUUGCAGAAUAACCUUGAAUAAUAACACCUUCCAUAUAAACAAAGGCUUCUCUGGUGCAAACCGUGCUAUGUGGCAUGUACUGCUCCAGUCACUCAUCCUUUUUGACUCAUACUGCUGCUAUGACAGCAAGUCAUUGGCUUCGUCAUUACCAAUGUUUUAUUUUUCCCUUGAUAUCAUACCCAGUGGACAGUACUGUUCACUGACUCAUAGUUGAGAAAAGUUCUAAGCGUAGAAUCUGUAAUAGAGGGUAAAUAUGAUGCAUCACAUGGAUUUAAUUUUAGUAUCCAUUUAGCUGGUUUUGGAAGUGGGCAUUGAAAUCUGUGCAGUAUUGUAGAGCUGAUGGCCAUUAGAGCAGCCAUAUUAGCACAAAGCAGUGAGUAAUUUGGUCUCAGCAAAGCUGCAGUUACAGAAAUUCCAGGAUUCAUUCAGGUCUCCACUGGGUAUGUGAGGAAAGUCAAACAUUUUGAAAUUGUUUAUGUUGGAGAUGAUUUUAAACAACGUUUUAACGAUUCAUGGUUGCCUGAUUUAACCUGAAGCUAGAAGACCCAUCUCUGUAUAUACAUAUUUACAAUGCAAACAAAAUGUACUCAUAUGGAAGAGGUGAAUUACUUGCUUCUUAAAAUAAAUGGUCAAACUGCA